AUGCCCUCAGAAGGAACCAAGAGACAGCCACUCAGCUGUGAAAACUGUCGGCAACGGAAAAUUCGCUGUAUAGGAUAUGGUGUGCCAUGUGACACAUGUCGAAAACGGGGAUUUGCUCUUAGCUGCCAUUUCAAGCGCGAUAUUGAGCCCGCCACCCGAGAUACCCGAAAUCAUGACGCUCAACAGGUCCUGCUGCAACGCAUCUCAACCCUCGAGAAUCUUUUGCAACAGAAUAUUGAUUUAACUGCCGUCUCUAUCAAUUCUCAACAGUUGCACACUCUGCGAUCCCCUGUCUCCGAUCAUAACCUGCCUUCAUCUGCAGGUCACAUCGCUGCUUCGCCCUUGUCGAUGUCAACAAGCAAUCAAACUCCACCACCUCGCCAAAAGUUCGGCACACUAGCUACCUCCCCAACGGGUCAUGUCCGGUACAUUCCCUAUAACACCUCUCCCGACUCCGACCUGUUAGACUCCUUGCAGGAUUCGAUCCAACCACAUCCGCCGACCCCAGAAGGGUUUCCUUUCUUCUCCGACAUGCCCACCGUUCAUCGAUCUCUUCUUGACAUGCUUCCACCUUCUCGACAAUGCGAUGAGCUGGUUUCUAUUUUUCUUGAAGUCUUCUCGCCGCUUUUCCAUAUCCUGCACGACCCCACAUUCCAAUCAGCAUAUGUCUCCUUCAAAAACGAUCCACAUUCGUCACCACUGGCCUUUUUGGGACUGUUAUUCACGAGUCUAGGACUUGCUGUUACAGCUCUGGACGAGAACAAUUCCCUCCUAGAAGAUUUGGGCCGUGAGUCUUCACCGGCAGCAAACAUCAGAUCCUUGGCUGCGAAAUAUCGAUCUGCUGCCAUGAAGUGUCUGGCCGCCGAUAACUUUAUGUGGCGGCACAACCUACACACUGUCCAAUGUCUUGUUCUCUUGGUCUACGCAAUAAACCAUACACAUGGUCCAGCAUGGUCACUACUAGGAACUACCCUGAACAUUGCGAUUGCUAUAGGGUGUCACAUUGACCCGGCUGCUUUGAAUGUGGAUCUUAUCCAAGCAGAGGAGCGGCGACGAGUCUGGGCAGCAUUGAUGAUGCUCUACACGAUUCAAAACACAUGUCUCGGAAACUUGACACCAUUCAAGCUUGAGCAUAACGUCCCGCUUCCCGCGGAUUUGGAUGAUGAGGAAAUAUUAUCAUCUCAUUCCCCCCCGAAACUGUACCCAUCCGGGACCAGAAAACCAACCAAGAUGUCGUACAUCCUGUUCAAAUUCCGCCUCUAUCAUCUAGCAUCUGAUAUUUGCCAGUUGACCUCCUCUGUGAGCCCAACUCAGAGCCAAAUACACGCUCUUGAUGAUCGAAUAAAUGCUGAGCAAAAUGAACAAGCCGCACGUUUUCAAGGGAAAACCGAUCUUCCUACUUACCAUCAGGCGCAUUCAUUCAUUUUGGACAAUUAUACCAACCACCUGAUUUUGCUUCUUCAUAGGCCUUCGUUUAGCCUGGAAGAUUGGGACGGGUCCAUCGACGCGAGCUAUGAACGGUGUAAACAGGCCGCCCUGGUCAUCCUCUCCAACUACCAAAUGUUACACACCCGCCAAGAGUUCCACCCAUACUGCUGGUAUAUCAAUGGAGUGGGAUCGUUCCAUGCGUUUCUUGCUGUUUCAACGCUUCUCGUGCUUGUGGGGAAAGAGAAAGCUAUGACGGAGUCCAGGCAUUUCAUGUCGGAAGCUGUGCAGGGGUGUCUAGCUCGGUUCCAGGAGAAAGCGCCGUACAGCGAAAUAUGCCGCAAUGCGUUCUCUAUUCUCAAGCCAUUAAUUGUCGGCGAGAAUCAUCAGACAGCUUCACUCCCCGCUCUAACUCCGAAUGUGCCGGAAUUUGAGGUCAUGAAUACCACGGGUGGCAGCACGGACCAGUCUGUUAGCAUGGAUAUUCGAGAUGAUGGAUUUGAAGGACUCGAUCUCAAUGGUUGGACGGUACCUGAAUCAUUGGAGCAUAUGCUCUGCGCCAUCCCGUCUGAACAAUGGCUGUACUCCGCGGGGUUCCCAUGGGCACAGCCAACCAGUAUAUAG